AUGGUUGGACGGCCCGGCGUGAGUGUUGUGGUGUUUCGGAUUGUCUUCCGUGAAGUUGACAAGGACACACAUGAAGCUAUGGAGAAGGAGAUCGAUGAUGCGCUUAUCCACGAAUUCAGGGCGAAGAAGCUCGACAUCCACGAUGGCGGCAUGUACCGUGAGGUUGUGGUGCAAGAUUCCGAGCAAGGAGAUCGGUUGCCGGCCGGUGAUAUUUUGCCCGAGUCGCUAAAAGGUCCGCACGUCUGCGCCGAGUUGAGCAGGGUCACAAACGUCAUCUACCCUGCGUUCUUGGUGCAGUUCACGUUGAUGUCCCUUGCCUAUGUCUUCCUCAGGCUUCUUCUCAGGCCUCUUCGACAACCCCAAUUCGUUUGCAGUGUCUUGGCCGGCUUUCUGGCAAGCCCUUUCGUCGUGGAGAGGGCCAAGAUCUUCGCGCCGAAUUCCUUCCCACACGAAGAAAUUCUAGUGGCUAGAACCGCAGGUUUUCUCGGCACGACAUUACUUAUAUUCUUAUUGGCGGUGAAGACGGAUGCAACCGCCAUCCAGCGGUCGACGAGAAAUGCCUCGAUCAUUGGCUCAUCGACCAUACUCAUGACUUUCGCCUUCCUCUCGCUCUUGAUCCAUACCUUGAGUCUCCCUGGAGUACAUAAGGGGUUCUUCCGGUGCACAUUUGCAGGGGUUCUAUCGCUCACGCGAUUUCCUAAUGUUGUCUACGCUUUCAAUGAGCUCAACAUUAUGACGUCCGAUUUAGGCCAGCUCGCUAUGUCUUCUACCAUGCUCAGCGAAGUAGUUCUAUGGACGUGGUUGUUCAUAGACAUAUACAUUGCACACCGUGUGCAAUUUUUUUGGUCCGCUAUGGCUGCCUUGGGUUCGAUAUUGGUUAUUUUCUUCGUUAUACGACCGCUGAUCAUGUUGAUUAUCCGAAGGACACCGGAAAGCAAAUCAGUGCGCGAAGUUUACAUCACGUCCAUUAUCAUCGGAUCUUUAAUUGUAGGAGGUUUAACCGAUUUGUUCGGCACCAUGCAUUUCGGAGUGCUUCUGGUCGGACUAGUGAUACCGAAUGGACCACCGCUGGGGUCAACCCUAAGUGAGAAGAUUGAGGUGGUCUGCACGGAGGUUCUGAUGCCGAUGUUCUACGUCUCUGUUGGGUACAGCAUGGACCCGCGUUUGAUAGACAUGAAGAUCACCAGAGAGAUUUUCCUCUUGAUGUUUGUUAGCGCUCUAACAAGGGUUGCCGGAGCUCUAUCGGCGGCAAUAUUCUGCAAAGUGAGGCUCCGACAUUGCGUCCUGCUUGGCCUCAUGUUGAACAUCAGGGGUCCAUAUGACUUACAUCUACUCAUCCGCUGGCUUGUGAAGAAGGACAUAGACAGGCGAACUUUCACAAUGCUGAUAUUAUCAGAUAUCGCACUUACAGCAAUCGUGACGCCUUUGAUAGAUUGUUUCUACAACCCCCACACAAGAUUAAUUGCGUCAAUCAGGAAAUGGGCAAUGUCCACGCAAACAACCCCAAGGAAUGUAGAAAUGCGGGUUCUUUGUUGCGUUCAUAAUGGAGAUAAUGUCCCAGGCAUCAUCUCUCUUAUCGAAGCAUCGAACCCUACGGCCGAAAGCCCCAUAUGUGCCUACGUUGUCCACUUGAACGAGCUCGUUGGCCGCUCGAUGCCGAUCAUGGUCCCUUACAAGAAGCAGAUGACGAGAACUCAAUCCAGGAGUUCAUCGCACCAUAUAAUGCGCGCGUUCGAGAAUUACUGCAACAACUCACAUCAAUUGGUGAGGGUGAAGCCCUACACGGUGAUCGCGGAGUACAAGAACAUGCACGAGUACAUAUGCCGGCUUGCUCAAGAAGAACUCAUCCCUCUCAUCGUCAUCCCUUUCCAUGGAAGCCAAGACACCACCAACAUCGCGGACCACGUUGCCUUCCGGAAUCUGAGGGAAAACAUACGGACCUACGCUCCAUGCACGAUGGCCACAUUGGUGGACAAGGGCGUGCACAGUUGCACGAGCAAAGUGCCGUCGAUUUCAGGUACGGUCGGUGUGAUAUUCAUCGGUGGGACGGACGACCGCGAGGCACUAGCGUUGGCUAUUCGGAUGGUCGGACGACCCAACUUUGGUGUGGCGGUGCUUCGGCUCGUCUUCUCCAAAGUCGAUGGGGACAUGGAAGGAAAGGUGGACGAGAAGCUCGAUGAUGGGCUCAUCAAUGAAUACAGGGUGAAGCUCGACGUCACUGAAAGUCAUAUGUACCGCGAGGUAGCUGUGGAAGAUGCGGAGCAUGCGAUGAGUAAUAUUCGAGCUAUGAAGGACAAAUUUAAUCUCAUAAUGGUGGGGCAAAGGAGAAGGGCCGGGAGUUUGUUCUCGGAGGAAACGAUGUUGAAUUGGAGCGAGAAUCCGGAGCUAGGAGUGAUCGGAGACAUCUUGGCAUCAUCGGAUUUCUGCGGAGAGAUGACGUCCGUGUUGGUGAUGAAACAUCACGGCGACACCAGUUGCAACCUUCAGAACGCUCCAACUGAACAUGAAGGAGAGGACACCGGCGAUGCUUUAGAGAAGAAGGAUGAUGACACAUUGAUAGAGAGUAGAAGUGUGUUGUGUGGUGGAAAAGCCACCAACGAGAUGAGAACGGUAGAGGGUAAAAUGUAA